AAUGCGCGAGGCGGUGGUUGGUUUUCAUUUCUUCUUGGUGGUUGUGUGCAUGCGGUGGGAUUGUGAGUGCGUGUGCGAGCCGUCGGCAAUGCUGACUUCUUCCGAGUGUGGUCUUCUAGGCGAAGGGCUGUGUGUCUGAGUGUGAUGGUGUCCGCGGUCUUUGGGCUGUUGAUUUGGAUUCUUCGAGCCCUCCUGCGUUUUCAUCGCUGUAUACGAUUAUGCUCGUUUUUCCUUCUCGACAAGAGUCUGGCUCUGCGUGUUGGGUUGUGUGGCCUUUGCGACUGUAUUUGGGUGGUUUCGUUGUUAUGUCGGGCAUAUGUGAUCCUGAUUACGUUAGAUGUGUGUCCAUGAGCGAUUGCGUUCUGAUUUCGUUGUAUCGUGUUGGCCAGUGUGCGGGCCUGACCAUGUCGGCUUGGAGGGCAGCGCCGUGUUGUGUUUACUUUGCUUCCCUUCUGUGGGGCUGGACCGUGUGUGGUCCUGUCCGUGCUGGGUUGUGUGCCUGUGUGCUUGUGUCCUUUAGAAGUGUAUUUGCAGAUCGGUGGGGGGUGGAGGGGAGGGCGAGCUGGAGAUGGAACCGCAAGUUGAGGAGGCGGCAAGGGGGCGGGGAGAGGGAUUUCACAUUUUAUUCCAAAUUAUGAUGUAUUCGGAAUCCAGUGUUGGCUUGGAUGGGCAGACGGAGCCUGAUCGGCGGCUGCUCUGUCCAGAGGCCGGUCGGUGCCUCGGUGUUUGAGGGGUUUGUUAGCGAGUGGGAGGUUCUUCCAGGCUCGAAGCUGAGCAGCGCUCGCCGAGGCCCGCGCCUUCACGCCGGUAGCCGCUGGCUUCGGUUUCCGCCGCACCCAGGCUUCAUCCAUUUCUGACUGCCCAGGACCACACCGUGGCCUAACUGCUGGUCUCUCAGCGAGAGAGGGGAAAAGCAAAGAUCCCCGUCCGCAGCUUGGACCUUGGCUCCCGCCCCUCUCCUGCGGCGGCGGAGUGGAGAUCCUAUUCAGAGGGGCCGGUUUCUCUAAAUAUGCCCCAGGAUGACGGAGCGGCCGCCCAGCGAGGCGGCCCACAGUGACCCCCCGCUCGAGGGACGGGACGCGGCCGCGGCCGAGGCCCGCAUGGCCCCCCCGCACCUGGUCCUGCUGAACGGCGUCGCCAAGGAGACAAGCCGCGCGGCCCCCGCCGAGCCCCCGGUCAUCGAGCUGGGCGCGCGCAGCGGUCCGGGGGGCGGCCCCGCUGGUGGGGGCGGCGCCGCGCGGGACUUAAAGGGCCGCGACGCGGCGGCAGCGGCCGAAGCGCGCCAUCGGGUGCCCACCACGGAGCUGUGCAGACCUCCGGGGCCCGCGCCCGCCUCGGCCCCCGCGGAGCUGCCCGGCGACGGCCGCAUGGUGCAGCUGAGCCCGCCCGCGCUGGCGGCCCCCGCCGCCCCCGGCCGCGCGCUGCUCUACAGCCUCAGCCAGCCGCUGGCCUCGCUCGGCAGUGGGUUCUUUGGGGAGCCAGAUGCCUUCCCUAUGUUUACCACCAACAAUCGAGUGAAGAGGAGACCCUCCCCUUAUGAGAUGGAGAUUACUGAUGGUCCCCACACCAAAGUAGUGCGACGCAUCUUCACCAACAGCCGAGAACGAUGGCGGCAGCAGAAUGUGAAUGGGGCCUUUGCUGAGCUCCGCAAGCUGAUCCCCACACAUCCCCCAGACAAGAAGCUUAGCAAGAACGAGAUCCUCCGCUUGGCCAUGAAGUACAUCAACUUCCUGGCCAAGCUGCUCAAUGACCAGGAGGAGGAGGGUACCCAGCGGGCCAAGCCUGGCAAGGACCCCGUGGUGGGGGCUGGUGGUGGAGGCGGUGGGGGAGGGGGCGGUGCACCUCCUGAUGACCUCCUGCAGGACGUGCUGUCCCCGAACUCCAGCUGCGGCAGCUCACUGGAUGGGGCGGCCAGCCCGGACAGCUACACGGAAGAGCCGGCCCCCAAGCACACAGCCCGCAGCCUCCAUCCCGCCAUGCUGCCAGCCGCUGAUGGAGCAGGUCCUCGGUGAUGGGGCCGGGGCCAUUCAGGACCAGCCGGGAGGGCACCCUCAGGCCGCUGGGCCCGUGGGCUUCAGGGCAGGUGGGGUGAGGAUUGGGCAGCUCUGAAGCAGGGCAAUGGACUCGAUGAGCUUUCCUUGGUGUCUGAACUUGGCAGAGCCCUAACUGCCCCUGGGGCAGCUUCCCUGACUCCUGCCUCAGUGGGAGAACAGAAAAAUGGAGCAAAGUGGUAGGUACUUUUUAUGAAGACGGCACGGUCUUCCCCCUCCCCCAAUCCCUAAGACUUCUCCAGUAAGAAGCUGGACUGACACUGCUUUUGUCCUGGAGCUUAGGGGCCCUGUCUUUGCCAAGACCUGGGGUUGUCAGCUCUCCCCGACAACAUCCAGCAGCCUCUGCCUUGCCUUUAACCCCUCCCAAGCUGGCUGGUGUGGCCUGUGUGGCCACUCUGUCCAAAUACGUAGGUACCCAGU